CUAAACCGGUUCCAGCAGAAGAAGAUUAACAGUACAAGUCCUGAUUUAAGCAGCGGUGUUUAUAUCCUGAUCAGAAACCGGUUUGUUAUCUAGAUUUCUCUCUCGCUCACUGAAACCUCGCUUAUCGGACUGUUAUCGUACUUAAAUCAGCGGUUUACAGGCGGGAGAGGGACUGACCUGAGGGCAGCGCCCGCCGGCCACGUCUACAGGAACUACAGCGCUGCGGGUCCUGUCAGAGAGAUACAGCAGCAGCGGCAGCAGCGGUGGAAGCGGGGCUCAGUCUCUGUUUAAAACCGUCUAUCUUUAAAACUAAAUUACUGAGGAGCUUCUUCUUCUACUGAACAGUGUCCUCCACCUGUUCAUAAGGUGAGAGCUGGAAGCCAUGUCCACCAUAAUGAGCGCUCUAAGCGGACGCCUGUCCGUUGCCUCCCUAGUCCUGCUCAUCUUUCUGGCUGUGAAUGUGAACGCACGGCCCGCCAACACGUCCUACCACAAGGAGAAAAUCCCAAACAGUAAGGAAACCAAUGAGAUCCUUCCUCCGGACCACCUGAAUGGGGUGAAGAUGGAGAUGGAUGGCCACCUCAACAAGGACUUUCACCAGGAGGUGUUCCUGGGGAAAGAAAUGGAAGAGUUUGAGGAGGACUCUGAGCCGAGGAAGAACAGGAAGAAGCUGAUUGAAAUUUUUAGCAAGGUUGAUUUCAAUAAGGACAGAAGUGUCAGUGCUAAAGAGAUGCAGCGCUGGAUAAUGGAGAAAACAGAAGAGCACUUCCAAGAGGCUGUUAAAGAAAACAAGCUCAGCUUCCGUGCUGUGGAUCCUGAUGGAGACGGUCAUGUGACGUGGGAUGAAUACCGGGUGAAAUUUUUGGCCAGCAAAGGCUUCAAUGAGAAGGAAGUGGCUGAGAAGAUAAAGAACAAUGAGGAACUGAAAGUGGAUGAAGAAACUCAGGAGGUGCUGGAGAGUCUGAAGGAUCGCUGGUUCCAGGCAGAUAACCCUCCAGCUGAUCAGCUGCUGAACGAGGAGGAGUUCCUCUCCUUCCUCCAUCCAGAGCACAGCAGAGGCAUGCUCAAAUACAUGGUGAAGGAGAUCAUCAGAGACCUCGAUCAAGAUGGAGAUAAGGAGCUGACCCUGUCAGAGUUCAUCUCCUUGCCAAUGGGAACAGUGGAGAACCAGCAGGCUCAGGACAUAGACGACGACUGGGUCCGCGAGCGGAAGAAGGAGUUUGAGGAGGUUAUUGAUUCAAACCAUAACGGCAUCGUCACCAUGGAAGAGCUUGAGGAGUACAUGGAUCCCAUGAACGAGUACAACGCUCUGAACGAGGCCAAGCAAAUGAUUGCUGUGGCUGACGAGAACCAGAACCACAAUCUGGAACUGGAGGAGAUCCUCAAAUACAGCGAGUACUUCACUGGCAGCAAGCUGAUGGACUAUGCCCGCAACGUCCACGAGGAGUUCUAGGACAUUCUCCUCGGUCCUUUAUAAAAACAAAAACAGAAAAGUUUUAUUCCGCCCGGCUAAACAGCUAAACAGGCAGACGAGUGUACGCACAUUCCCAGGGAUUGGGUACGUUCCUGUCUGCCAGAGUUUGGAUUUGCUCAUUUGUUUUUGAGUGUGUGUGUGAGAGAGAGUUUGUGAGAGUUUGCUUGAAGUAGUGCCUGGAAAUGUUGUGUGUCUUAAGCCUCUCCUAUAUAUUUCUUAAUGCAUUUAACGCAUUCAGAUGUGUCUGAUACUCCUCCUUCAUGAUCUCGUGCAGCAUGCUCUGUCAGGUUCGGCCUUCUGUUGGAGCUGCUUUUGCUCAAACACUGUGUUCUUAUUUCAUGCCUUUUAGCGCCUGUUCUACAGUAGACACUGUGUCACUUUCAUAAAUCAUCAGAGAGUUGAUAUGAAGAGAAGUGUGUGUAUAUGGGGAGAAUUUUGAGUUGUUUUGAGGUGUUACCAGGUCUUUGAUGGUCCUGAUAGUAACAGAGAGCAAAUGAACUUGCCUAAUGCCAGAUUCACACUACCUAGUACUACUUGUAGCCCAGUUUUUCAAUCGGCAACAUUUUUUUCGUCGAUCGGCAAAUCAGGAAUCACUCGGUGCUCGUUCAGUUGCAUAGUGUUAACUACUAAAAGACGCUCAUCUUGAAGAUCAGUCGGCGACACCCUGCAAAUUUUUGCCAUGCUAAAUAUCUGACCCAGUCAUCGACUGGGAGUCAAGAGCAGUGGCUACAUACUGCCAAUGGAAUCACAGAAAGAGAGAACCACAGUUUUGGCGUGUUCUUGUGAUAAACGUGUUUCUGGAGAGCAGCCAGCUUAGUCUGCUGUUUCCCAUGAUGAAAAAUAGUGUAAAUUGUGAAUGUGUGUCGCUGAUCAGUCAUGUAGUAAAACUCAACAACUCGCGAUUUCUGCACAACCAGUCGUGUAGUGUGAACCCGGCAUAAAGCAGAGGUGAUGUAAAUAAUUGUUCUUCUAUGGGAAAAGUAUAAUAUAUAUAUAAAUAUGUAAAAAUCUUACAAUCAUCAAAGGUCUUUAAAUACUGCUUUAUUUUAUCACUGAUUUGCAUCCUGAGCUAGGUACAGUUUAAUAUUUAACACCAGUCAACUGCAAAAACAGUAAUGCAGAACAGAAAUUUUAACAUGUGUAUAAAUACAUACAUCAAAGAUUAGCCUUUAGACUGUUGCACUCUAUAUUGCAAAUUAUGUACAUAUUUAUGUCUAGAAAAUUAAGUUUAUUUUAAUAGACAAUAUGACAAUAUGUCUAUUAUAAUAUAUAUGCAUGUUUUUUUGUUUCCAAAUGUUUAUAAAAUUGCCCAGACUGUAGUCUUUAGCCCUAUCUGGAUGGGAUUAGUUUCUCAGGGUGGCUUCAGUGAAAAAUAUUUCACUCUUAUUUCACUCUUCUUCUCCUGCAUCUGGACUGCAAUUGAAAAAACAGGAGAACCAGUGAGUUUUUAGUUUUAGGAUUUCUCGGUCACAUGACAUCGUGUUCAGUAGCUCCUCCAUUUUCACUCGCUGUAGUGUUUUUACAUGGAUCGCCGCGGAAACACACUCCCAAAGUGUAAUUACGGUGCGUGGCAGUGGACAAAUAGCUAUUUUAUUAAACGCGAGGAAAUUAAACUCAGAGAUGUGCGUCCGGACAGAACUAAUGGAUAAUUCAGCCUGUAAUUUUCUCAGAGGACGUCUGAGAAAAACACCUACAUGAUCGUUCUGGACGGGAAUAAAGUCACAGAGGAUAAAAACCCCCAUAAAACAAAAGAAUUACCCCAGAACCCCCUGAGAAAAUAAUCCCAUCCAGAUAGGAUUUAUGAGAGUGUUUUGGUGUGAAAUGGUUCUAUAAUUUCUUUAACUGAUAAUGACUGAUUCUAGUUUUAAUCUACCAAUCCAAUACAUCUAUUACAGACCCAUCUACAAAUUAUACUUUAUUUAACUCCAGUAUUGAAUACACAGAGUGCAGCAUUACUAAUAUAAUUACAUGUGUUUUUUUUUUUUAUAUGGCAGCCCAAGUAUCACCUCAUACAGAUUCAGUAUUUUAUCUAUAAAUGCUAAGCCUUAAAGUUAGCUAUUUUUAAUUAAAGCAGUGUGAGUAAAUGCAAUGUCAGGCUAGAUUUGAUACAGGAUUGAAUUGUUGUUCAUUAGCUAUUUUCCCAAGACAUCCAGUGAUGCCCCAACACCAGGAGAGUGAAGACUAGCACACGCCUCCUCCGAUACAUGUGAAGUCAGACUCCGCCUCUUUUUGAGCUGCUGCUGAUGCAGCAUUACAGAGCUAACGCUCGGAGGAAAGCGCAGCGACUCGGUUCCGAUACAUCAGCUCACAGACGCCCACCAGUACCCACCCAGAGAGAGAGAGAGCACAACCAACUGUGCUUUCUCGGGGCUCCGGUAGCUGAUGGCGAGCUGCAUGACUGGGAUUCGAACCAGUGAUCUCCUGCCAAUCAUAGUGGCAGCGAUUUAGACCGCUGGAUAUAAAAAUUAUAUUAUACAUUCUAACCAGAUCUCAGGUCUCUAAAUUCCCAAAACUUACAGACUGCUGCUUUAAUAGUUUUUCUAACCAUUUAAAUCCUGUAAACUUAUAAUGUAAAGUUGUAAUUGUGGACAUUUAAUGUAUAGAAAAAUGUAAAGGUUGGCAGUGUAGAGUGUGUGCUGGUGUUUGGUUGUGGGAGUUUUCUGAUUGGUGGUGUGUUCAUAUUAAACCUAAAUAACCUACGAUAAUUGAGAGAUUGAUCCAGAAUGCUGUAAUGCUUGGUUUCCAGACGUCCAAACUUUUUUUUUGGUGUAAUGCAAAAUGGAAUGGAAGCCCAGACUUAAACAUAGAUGUAUUUUUUUUUCUUUAUUGAUUAUAUAAAUAAGACAAAUUUUAUAUAUAUGAUUAGACUAAAGUUCUGUGCAUGAUCUGAAUAAUAUCUAAUUUAAUGGCAAAAUUAAUGGCUUGAUUCUUUCAGCGCUCACUAUACAGGUCUGGAAAUGCGAAUUUCGGUGGAUCUAUUUUUUAUUUUUUUAUUUAGUUUUUUAAUCACCCAAGCAGAACAUCAUUGGACCGUCACAUGAAGAUCUGGAGUGUGAACUCUCUCUCUCUCUGAUGCUUCGCUGAAGGCCGGUUCGCUUUGUGUUCGAUUCUGUUCUCACACUCUGCUUCCUUGGCUAAUAAUGUAUUGCUUUUGUGUGCAUGUUCUGAUUUGACGAAGCCAUCUGUGUACAGUGCAUCGAUCGCCUAAUGCCCUCAUCCUGUGGAACUGCUUGAGUUAAAGUCACUCGUUCAUAAGUCAUUUAUUUUUCCUCAUACUUCCUUCGAGUUGCUGAAUGUCUCGAAGCUUUGAAACACAUUGUGUAUUGCAGAAAUGCAUUAAACAGUAUGUUUGUGUGUUUUUA